AUGGCUGCUAAGAUCGAUUUCAGCCCACUUUUCCAGCCUCUUCAAAUCGGAGCGGUCACCUUGCGCAACAGAGUGCUCAUGUCUGCUUUGACUCGAAACCGUGCCCUUCCUACAAAUGUACCGAACGACCUCAUGGUAGAAUAUUACAGACAGCGAGCAGAGAGUGCUGGGCUCAUUGUGUCAGAGGGAAUACUCAUCUGCCAGCAAGGGGCGACCUUUGCCAGGACGGAGUGGCCUCACGCUCCCGGAAUAUGGAAUCAAGACCAGAUCGUUGGAUGGAAGAAGAUCAACGAUGCAAUUCAUGAAGCAGGUAGUCAAAGCUUUGCUCAGAUAUGGCAUCUAGGAAGGCCGGUAUAUGGACCCUCAGCUAUAGCUGCCCGAGGUGGGAAAUUCAGGUUUCUUCCUGGUACCCCAGGCUAUGUGACGCCCACCGAAAUCGACGAUCCUAUGAAGCUGAUUGCCAUAUAUAAACAAGCUGCGAUUAACGCAAAGGAGGCAGGAUUCGACGGGGUAGAGGUACAUGGUGCAAACGGGUAUCUCGUCCAUGAAUUCCUUGACAGUGGAUCCAAUUUGCGCAUGGACAGCUGGGGAGGAAGUAUCGAAAAUCGCUCGCGAUUCGGGUUGGAAGUCCUCAAAGCUGUUUCUGAAGUCUGGGGCCCUGACCGAGUCGGGAUCAAGCUGAGCCCAGCUGGAGGCUACAACGAUAUGGGAAUGCCCCUCGAAGAAACCCUGGAAACAUACAACUAUUUUAUCGCUCAAGUUGAUAAACUGGGUCUUGCGUACAUCGUAUUGCAACGCUAUACACAAUUUUUGGAUCCAAUCAUCGACGGUUUGGAGCAAAAGUUCUUCCCGCCUGGUGAACGCCGCGCAAUCGACCAUGAUGUCAUAGGUGCCUAUGGCCACCUCGUGAAGAGAAGUACAUUGCUCUCUAAUGGAAGCUUCACACCGGAAGAGGCUGCACGAACUGUUAGUGAGGGCAAAGUCGUCGGUGUGUUUUGGGGACAGUUGUGGGUAUCGCACCCCGAUCUGGCGAAACGCAUCCAGAACGGAAAACCUACUGAUACCCCCAUCGACCUUCACACUCUGUAUGGAAACACAGCUGGAACCACGUUGGAUGACCAAAGGGUCGGAUAUACGGACUAUCCGUUUGCAGAAUACCCUUCCUUAUAA